AAAUAGGCCUUUCUAGAAGAAGUUUUUCCUAUGUUUUGAAGAACUGGAUGUUGAAAGAUAUGGGCUUGGCAAUUUACUACAGCAGUUUGAUACCUCAGCCACGACUGAAGUCAUUGAAGAUUAGAGCUGUAGAUGCUUAUGAAUCUGUGGUUUUGCGAUCGCAUGUUCUGGAAAGAGUGGAUGAGGAGCUGGUGAAGGGGAAUGAGAGGGCUGCUCUGUCUCUUGUCAAGGAUUUGCAGGGAAAGCCUGGGGGGCUCCGGUGCUUUGGUGUGGCGAGGCAGGUACCCCAGAGACUCUACACCUUGGAUGAACUAAAGCUCAAUGGCAUUGAGACAUCAUCCCUUCUAUCACCAGUGGACACGACACUCGGUUCAAUUGAAAGAAAUCUUCAAUUUGCUGCAGUUUUAGGAGGGCUUUCUGCAUGGGUUCUAUUUGGUCUUAAUCAGCUACAAAUUCUAUUGUUAUCUGUGGGAUUUCUGUUUCUAUGGUCGGUUGACCUGGUUGUUUUUGGUGGAGGGGUGGGUAGUUUGGUGCUUGAUACAAUCGGCCAUACCAUCAGUCAGAAGUAUCAUAAUAGAGUUAUUCAACAUGAAGCUGGUCAUUUCCUAAUAGCUUACUUGCUUGGAGUUCUUCCAAAGGGAUAUACAUUGUCAAGUUUGGAAGCUUUGAAGAAGGAAGGAUCCCUAAAUGUGCAGGCAGGGACAGCUUUUGUGGAUUUUGAGUUUCUCGAAGAAGUCAAUACUGGAAAAGUAUCUGCCAAGACAUUGAACCGAUUCUCAUGCAUAGCACUGGCAGGUGUUGCGACAGAGUACCUUCUAUUUGGAUAUUCUGAAGGAGGCCUUGCUGAUAUUGACAAGUUGGAUGGAUUGCUUAAAGGUUUGGGCUUCACCCAAAAGAAAGCUGAUUCUCAGGUGAGGUGGGCUGUACUUAAUACGAUCUUAAUUUUACGACGUCAUGAAGGAGCUAGAUCAAAGCUCGCGAAGGCCAUGUCUUUAGGAACGUCCGUGGGCUUUUGCAUCAACACUAUAGAGGAAUCCAUCGACAGUGGGGAUGUAUAAUGCGACGAAUGUUAGUUCCAGACUGCCAUCUUCAAGACGACGAGUUCCUGCAUUGAUACAACAGAUAAAGCCAUGGAUGGUUUAGGUAUGUAUAACAAGAGGAAUGUUAAUUCCAAUAUGGCACCACAAGCCUCUAUGGCAUGCAUGUGGGAUCUGGUACGUUCGUCAGAGAGUUUCCUCGGCAUGUCUCCUUCGCUGAAAGAUCAGAUCAGACUGCCCAUCAGGUCAGCAACACACACACAUUGAAUGUAAACCAUUGGAUAUGGUUUUCCAACUUUCCAUUCCCUUGUACA